UCUUUGUAGAUUAUGCAGCUAAGACAAAUAAUGUCAUGACUACAGCAUAUAUGUACAGUACAUUUUCAAUGUUUUAAAUACUUUAGUUAGUUUUUUGGCUUUAAAUGCAUCUUCCAUCUUAAGGUAGCCAAGCCUAAAGUAAACAGAAAUGGCCGCAGAAACCACCAUUUUGAUUCUCCUCAGCCUCAUUAUCCAACCAUUGCUGGGCGGCUCCCAAGGUCUACCUAGGUUCAACAACAACACUGACCAGGAAUCCCUUCUUGCAUUUAAGUCUGAGAUAAGUCGUGAUCCUCUCGGAGUUCUUGGGACCUGGAAUCUGAGUGCUUCCUUCUGCAACUGGACCGGAGUUACUUGUAAUGUCACUAAGCAGAGAGUUACAGGUAUCAACCUUAAAAACCAUGGACUUGUGGGUAUCAUUGCUCCUCAUAUUGGCAACCUCUCCUUUCUUAACUACUUGAACCUUCAAAACAACAGUUUUCUUGGAAACCUUCCGCAAGAAAUGGGUCAGCUUUUCCGGUUAAGAACACUGAUUCUAGGUUCUAACCAAAUUCAAGGCACAAUACCAUCAUCUUUAAGUUUAUGUACUAGACUUACUCUUCUUGAUCUGUCAAUCAACAGGCUCCAAGGAACCAUUCCAAAAGAAUUAGGUUCACUUUCAGAGCUUCAAGACGUAUCUUUGGCUCAAAAUUUUCUCACAGGCCCUAUUCCAUCUUCAUUUGUGAAUCUCUCUUCUUUGACAAAUCUAAUUCUAAUGUCAAACGGCCUACAUGGACAGAUACCGGAAGGGUUGGGUCACCUCCCCUUUUUAAUCAACCUUCAGGUCGGCCUUAAUAGCAUUUCUGGUGAAAUCCCACCUUCAUUGUUCAAUAGUUCCUCGUUGAUUGCCUUAGCUAUGGCUGGCAAUAGACUCACAGGUACCCUCCCUCCAGAUAUGUUUACUACUUUAACUAGCUUAACAACCCUUUACUUGGGAGGAAAUCUUUUGUCCGGACGCAUACCACCGUCUUUAGGCAAUGCUUCAAACUUAGUUCGUGUUGAUCUCUCAAAUAACAGUUUCAGUGGCCAAAUUCCAUUACAGUGGAACCUGCCAAAUAUUCAAAUUUUGAGCUUACAAAUUAACAAGCUCGUUAAUGCGGGCAACAUGGAUUUCAUAACUUCUUUGGCAAAUUCUACCCAACUUCAAGUAUUUUCGGUGGCGGAAAAUCAGCUUACUGGUAAGCUUCCAUCUUCUAUAGGGAAUCUCUCUAGACAACUUUCAUUGUUGGUCAUGAAUAACAACUUUUUUGAAGGAAGCUUACCUGGAGAGCUAAGUAAUUUGAUCAACUUGACCCUGAUAGCUUUUGAACGCAAUUCCUUGAGUGGAAGCAUUCCACCUUCAAUUGGUAGUUUGCCAAACCUGCAGAAUAUUUACUUACACCAAAACAAAUUCUCAGGAGAGAUACCAGAGUCUCUUGGAAACCUGACUUACUUAUCUGAAGUUCACCUAAGCAACAAUUUUUUAGAAGGGACUAUUCCUGCAACCUUGGGAGACUGUCAGCGUCUUCAGUUGCUAGACCUGUCAGUUAACUUGCUUAACGGAACUAUUCCCAGAUAUAUAUUUGGAAUUCCAAGUUUUGGAAUGAUCCUGAACCUCUCUUUCAAUUCUUUAAGUGGAUUUGUUCCUGCCGAAGUAGGCAAUCUGAAUAUGAUUCAGGCAAUAGACAUGGCAAAUAACGAAAUAUCAGGGGAUAUACCUGUCACAAUUGGCGAUUGUUCAAGCCUAUUGUAUUUGAAUAUGUCUAGAAAUUCAUUUCAGGGAACAAUACCAAAUUCUCUAGCCAAAUUGAAAGGUAUAGAGUAUAUUGACCUCUCCUCAAACAAACUCACCGGUGUCAUCCCGACUUCUUUAGAAACUUUAAAAUUCUUGCAAGUUUUAAACCUGUCCAGGAACCAGCUCUCGGGAGAGGUUCCAAAAGCGGGGGUUUUCAGAAACUCAACAGGGGUUUCUCUUUCUGGAAAUCUGAAGCUUUGUGGUGGAGUACCAGAUUUAGGACUCCCAAAAUGCGAUUCUCCAGGAAAACACUCAGGUGAUUCAAAGGUAAAAAUUAUACUAAUAGCGUUGUUUGCAUCUGUCGCAUUCAUCAUUAUCUCCAUGUUAGUCCUUUGGUCCGUCAGAAAGAAAUGGUCAGGAGUCCUUGAGGAUAACGAUGAUGCUAAUUCACCGGAGGGGCAUCCAAGGUAUAGGCAUCACGAUCUCAAACUUGCUACCCGAAAUUUCAGUUCAGAAUAUUUGAUCGGAGAGGGUAGCUUUGGAUCAGUUUACAAGGGAAUUUUUCGUGAUGGAAGUUUGGCAGCUAUCAAGGUCUUUAAAAUGGGGCAACAUGGAGCUUCUAAGAGCUUCCUAGCUGAGUGCAAAGCUCUUCGAAAUAUCAGACACCGGAACCUUGUUAAAAUUAUAAGUGUAUGUUCAGCUGGCGAUUUCAAGGCAUUAGUCCUUCCGUUCAUGCCAAAUGGAAACCUGGAACAGUUACUUCACCCGAGAAGUGAAAACUGUGAGGUAGAAAAAGCUCUUGAUAUAAACCUGAGAUUGAAGAUAGCUCAAGAUGUCGCCUCAGCACUGGCGUAUUUGCAUCAUGAUUGUGAAACCCCUGUUGUGCACUGUGAUCUUAAGCCAAGCAACGUUCUCCUGGAUGGAGAAAUGGUAGCUCAUGUUGGCGAUUUUGGACUCGCAAGGAUCCUACUUAAGAAUUCACCCAAGGCUGAUCUUAGCAGUUCCCUUGGACUAAAAGGAUCAAUUGGCUACAUGGCUCCAGAAUAUGGGAUAGGGGCAGGGGCCUCAACCCGAGGGGAUGUCUACAGUUUUGGCAUACUGAUCCUGGAGUUGUUUACAAGGAAAAGACCCACAGACAAUCUGUUCACUGGAGAUAUGGAUUUUCAAAAAUGGGUUUCAAUGCACCUUCCUGACAAUCUCCUGGAUAUUGUGGAUCAUGAACUUCUGCAAAACGAAUGGCAGCCAGCACAUUCUGACGGAAUAGCCACAGUGAUAAAUUUUGGAUUGAUGUGUGCCAGAAAAUCACCUGAAGAACGACCAACCAUGAGAGAGGUCUCUGCAAUGAUAGAAAAUGUCAAGGCCAAGUUAUCAGAGUAAAGCUAAUGGUAUGCAUCAUGGUUGCUUCACAAACUAUACCUAUUUAUGCAUUAGAUUUGUCAGUAAUAUAUUCUACAUUAAAACUAUGUUAACGGUCAACUUAGAUUGAAUUGGAAUUUUGUUUUCCUUUUCCUGCUGCGAUGAUAACGAAAGUUGUCUUAGGCUUUUGACAUAUGCACUUGGAAAACCUAAAGAAUGAAUGCUUUUGGCCUGUAGUCUGCCACGUUGC